GUGCUGUAAAGAGCGAACAAGACUUUCUGACCAAUCACGUAGCAAGCAGGAAUCGUAUAGCCCAUCCCCGGAAGUGACGUCAGUCCGCCGAGGCACCAACGUUAAAACUGAAGACUUUGGCAUCCAGAGGUGCGUGCGACCAUGUGGCCCGUAUUCUGGACCGCCAUGCGGACCUACGCCCCGUACAUCACCUUCCCCGUGGCCUUGGUGGUCGGAGCGGUGGGCUACCACCUGGAGUGGGUCGUCAGAGGGACGCCCAAACCCCGCGAGGAGAAGAGCAUUGUAGAACUGCGGGAGGAGCGCACACUGCGGGAGCAAGCCGGGAUGGAUGGCACUCAGGUGCUCAGCCUCAAAGACAAACUGGAGUUCACUCCCAAAGCGGCUCUGAACAGGAACCGGCCUGAAGAGAGUUAACACCAUCUAACCAGGGAGUCCAGGGACCACUUUUAGGAAGACCGGAACACAUCCACACAGCCAUAGAUCCUCAAAGCUGGUCUUGUAAGCAACAACAGCAACCAAGAAGCAAAGUGUGUGUCAUGUUAGGUUUUGGUUUUUUUCCACACAAUACUCUAAUCAAGGAGAAACACGAAACGUGACAAAAAAAGGACUCUUAAGCUGCUGUACAGUUAAAAACAAUGAGGUAUUUGCUGGUAUGCAGUCAGUGUGGGAGGUCUGGGAGCUUAAUCUGCGUUAGUCCUAUUAUGGCGUGGAAGAACAUCAACACUUACAUUUGAGAAAGUCACAAGCUUUGCACGCUGCCUGUUUCAGCUGUUAGUCACGUGACGGCACAAGAAGAAAUAAAAUGGUUCAUUUGGAGCGGGUGGGAGUUAAUGAUUGUGGCCCCAGUCUGUAUUGACUGUUGUAAAUGGAGGACCCAGCUUUAAAGUGGAAGGAAGUGAUGGUUCCUUUAGCCUCAUGGUUAGAAGUCUGCAGUUGGAAGGGGAAGUAGCCGACACUUUUAAGCAGAACCUCUUGGCGUUUGUGAGGAGUCAAUUAUUUCAAAUAAAAGUAAAGUACCUCAGUUUUUAGUUGGUU